CAGGCUGCAGUCGCUGCUCUCCAGGCUGCUGCUCAGGGGGAACGCUGCCGUGCCAGUGGCUUCUGCUCUGCUCCUACGGACUCGGACAACCAGGUUAUUUUUUGAGCUUUGCAAGGCUAUCUGCUGAUUGUAUAAUUCAGUUUGUCAAGGAAAAAAACCUGAUAAGCAGAAGCUCUUGCUGAAGAGGAGAAUCUGGUUGGCGCAGUGACAGAUGUUCGAAUAAAGAAGUUGGCUCAGAGAAGACGUACGGGGUCUGAUUUUUUUUUUCUUUUUUUUUUUUCCUCCCCCUCAAUCUGAAUGAAGACUAUCAUGGGAACCGCAUUCACAUGGUGAUCAAAAGAAACACUUGAGUGAUGAACUGCUUUUGCAGAAGUCGUCUAAGGCAGUAAUUUGAGCUUUUGUGUGCGGUAGCUAGCUUGUUUUGUUGAAGCAUUCCUCCUCAAGAGUAUUUCUGCCUUGCGAAUUCCCCGAUGGAGAAGCCACAGCUACUGCCCGGUAAAGGAAAAAUGAACGCUCCGCAUUGCUCGUGUCCCUGAUGGAGUAACACCGGCUGCGUCGCUAUCGUUUGGGGAGGCUGGAUUCCACCGGCAACAUUAUUCAAGGAGUUCAUUGUCCCUGUGGUCUGACUCAUCGCAUGUAAAUGUGCUGCAGCCGUGCUGCACGUUGCAGCUAUUUUUCUUGCAUGGGAAAGAAUUAUUUUCCUCUGAGCAGGUCCUGAAUAGCUGCUGGAACCGAGAUGCGUUUUUUUGGCCGGGCUGUUUGUGGCUUUGAGAGAGGAAGCUGUAGAACGGCAGGAUGAUCAGGGGGCGCGUUUAUUUUCAGUCACCAGAAGGGCUGCGACGGUUGGUUUAGAACUGACCUUGCGGGAGUGGGGAAUAGCUGCGGCCGCCUCUUUCGAGGCAAUUGUUCCUUGUUCUGUCCUCGGUAGGACCGAGUCUUGUCUUCUGCAACAAUGAUUUCACUGUGGGGGUAGAAGGACGCUGUGGAAGUUGUGACAUUAACAAAGACAAAUUUGCUCGUGAAAGGACAGCUGUGUGCGACAGUGAGUGCUGUUCGAAUGGAAUUGGAUCUUGGGAUAUUUUUAUCAGCUGUUCCACAGUUUCGUUAUUGUGGUUUCGAUGCCUAGGGAAUUUUUAUUUUUAAAAGAACAACUUUUUUUCAGCAGUGUCUUGAACGUCUCAGGGUGCUUAAAUCUGAAAAAUGAAGUGUGAGGGGGGAUUGGAAUGUCCCUUUUUAAAUGCAAAUACAACAGCGGUAGCACUCGCAAGUUUGUGAGGGCAUGUGAAACAGGUGAAAGUAUUUCCUCUAUGGUCCCUACUGCUAUACCUGCCGUCUGGUUCCAAAAAUACCACUUCUAGCAUUUUUUUGUUUGCUUUUGCUUACUCAAACGGUUCGAAUGAGUCGAGUCUGUAUUGUUGUUUUGGAGGAGGAGGAAGAUGAUUCUCCCACAUUUAUUUCCAAUUUGCCUCAGGAAAAUUUAUCUUUACGUCCAUCGCCCUCUGGAAAUGUGCUGCCACCAUUGGUUCAAGCUAUAUUUAAUGGAGAUCCUGAUGAAGUUCGAGCACUAAUAUUCAAGAAAGAAGAUGUUAAUUUUCAGGAUAAUGAGAAAAGGACCCCUUUACAUGCUGCUGCCUAUCUGGGAGAUGCAGAAAUUAUUGAACUGCUUAUUUUAUCUGGAGCUAGAGUUAAUGCCAAAGACAGCAAAUGGUUGACUCCUUUACACAGAGCUGUAGCAUCUUGUAGUGAGGAUGCUGUUCAGGUGUUGUUAAAGCAUUCAGCAGAUGUCAAUGCUCGUGAUAAAAACUGGCAGACACCGCUACACAUAGCAGCUGCAAACAAAGCUGUGAAGUGUGCUGAAGCUUUGGUGCCUCUCCUAAGCAAUGUAAAUGUGUCUGAUCGAGCAGGCAGAACUGCAUUGCAUCAUGCAGCCUUCAGUGGACACGUUGAGAUGGUCAGUUUACUGUUGUCUAGAGGGGCCAAUAUUAAUGCAUUUGACAAGAAAGACAGACGAGCUAUACAUUGGGCAGCAUAUAUGGGUCAUAUUGAAGUUGUGAAAUUACUCGUGACCCAUACAGCUGAAGUGACAUGCAAAGAUAAGAAAUCAUAUACACCCUUACAUGCUGCAGCAUCUAGUGGGAUGAUCAGUGUAGUCAAAUAUCUUCUGGAUCUUGGCGUUGAUAUGAAUGAACCAAAUGCCUAUGGAAAUACUCCUCUCCAUGUAGCUUGUUACAAUGGGCAAGAUGUUGUAGUGAAUGAACUCAUAGACUGUGGUGCUAAUGUAAAUCAAGUAAAUGAGAAGGGGUUUACACCUUUGCACUUUGCCGCUGCAUCAACACAUGGAGCAUUGUGUUUAGAGCUUUUGGUCUGCAACGGUGCAGAUGUAAAUAUAAAGAGUAAAGAUGGGAAAACACCUUUGCACAUGACAGCCAUCCAUGGUAGAUUUUCAAGAUCCCAAACCAUCAUUCAAAAUGGAGCUGAAAUAGACUGUGAAGAUAAGAAUGGAAAUACGCCUUUGCACAUAGCAGCUAGAUAUGGCCAUGAGCUAUUAAUCAACACACUGAUUACGAGUGGUGCUGACACUGCAAAGCGGGGUAUACAUGGGAUGUUUCCUCUCCAUUUGGCAGCAUUAAGUGGAUUUUCAGACUGCUGCAGAAAGCUCCUCUCAUCAGGUUUUGACAUUGACACACCAGAUGACUUCGGCAGGACUUGUCUUCAUGCAGCUGCAGCUGGAGGGAAUUUGGAGUGCCUAAAUCUUCUGCUAAAUACUGGUGCAGACUUCAACAAAAAGGACAGAUUUGGAAGUGCCUGUUUGCCCUUGUGGGAUCUGGAGCUAGUGUGAAUGACCUUGAUGAGAGGGGUUGUACACCUCUGCACUAUGCAGCUGCAUCAGACACAGAUGGGAAGUGCCUGGAAUACUUGCUAAGAAAUGAUGCCAAUCCGGGGAUCCGAGACAAACAAGGAUACAAUGCAGUUCAUUAUUCAGCGGCUUAUGGUCAUCGCUUGUGUCUUGAAUUG